AUGGCCCAGUCCGCCAAUUAUCUAGCAAUCACAUUCCUCUUCAUCCUCUUGACCCUGACUCCGCUCGUCAGCAGUCAAAGCAGCACUCAGGCUAUAAGGACGAACGUGAAUUCUACACAGUGUUCCGACGACGACCCCGGCUGCGGGCAAGACGGGAACCGCACUUUGCUAUGUUCCAAACCGACACGAGCCUAUAUUCUACAGUUCUACACUGUUAACUAUCUUGCUCAUGCGGCGACUACCAUUAGCAGCCCCGGCCAAAGCCUGCUCGCUACCAUUGUGAAUAUCCUGAUGGCCCUCCUGUUUCCAUCGAGCGGCGUGGUUCGUGGCGUGAUGGCUAUCUGCAGCUGGGCUAAAUUCGGCAAAGGGGGGGACCUCAAGACAGCGGCUCGCGCUGGAGCUUUGUGCGCCGUGGUUCCCACACACAUAAAAAAGGAGGGGGAUGGGAGUGAUUCGCAACCUCGAGGACGGACAGGUCUCAUUCUGGAACCUGGGUCAUCUCAUGACGACUUUGAAAUGGAGACGGUCCCCGGAGAAGCCCGAGAAAGAGAAUGCCUCAAUAACUCAGCUCCGUCUGAAGCUGUCUCAAGUGAUCCGUCGGCAGCUACGGCGCCCAUUAUAUUAGAGGCUAAACAAGGGUACGAGCUCGUAACCGUCCCCGGAUCUGCUACCUUCGACGAUGAUCCACAGGUCUCAGACGAGACAACUAUGCGCACGAAGUUUAAACUGUGGCUCAAGACCCAGUUCCGCCAUCGUAACAUUGACCCUCCGCCGGUCACUGUCUCUAGCUCUUACAGCUUUGUCAAGAUUUUGAUUUCCAUUCUACAGCUCUGUUACGCUUCGGUCACUCUGUAUCAGACUAGAGGAGACCAGAUUGAGCGCCUUGGAUAUGCCGCCUUUGGCCUUACCGCAGCACAAUAUGCAUGGAUGUCUUUCGUCAACCUGCUCGGUAAUCUAGUCUGUCCGCAAUACGAUACCAUGUUCAUGGUAGACUCGCCUGAGCUCGCCAAAUUGCGGCAGACACUGGCUUCUGCACGCAAUGGUCACCGCUUCGCAGUCUCUGGGACUACAGGCUGCCUUUCGAAGGAGUCGUCCGACGAUUUGCUGCUCGAUUAUGGGAAUAUGGCUCCAAGGUUUCGUCCAGAUGUGGCGUGGGACAAGCUGAAAUUGGAUGGCGGCGUGAAUGACGCAUGUUGGUUCAAACGAAAGAUGCUUAUGGUCUACUUUUCCAGUCCCUGUGUUGCCCUCGUACCACUUGUCAUUGUCGGCUGCCUCAGUGGCUUCGCUAAGGGGGACAGUGCACUGUACGAGCGUGUUUGGACCAUGAUGUGGCUAGUUUUUGGGGUCCUGCUUGGCCUGGCACCCAUGAUUCUAACAGUUCAUGGGCAUGUUCUUAACUUCAUGAACAACGUCUGGAGCAAGGAAGACCCUCCCGGGGCAGAAGGUCUUCCCAGUAUGGGACUUCUUUCCGAUUGGCGUACAGUAUACCUGAUAAUGGCACUAUAUUCGAUACCUGCCAUCGGAGGCUUUAUUGUCGUUGGUCAGAUGCUACGGGGUUACGAAACAUGCGUUGGACUGAGUUGA